GAGGACAGGAGGAUGGAGUUGGUGGCAGAGUGGAACAGGCUUAAUGAGGAAUGCAGCGAGCUCCUGGGGUGAUCUCUCUUGCGCAGCAGACCUGCCCAAACAGGGCUCUGGUUUCCAGAUGGCAUUCGUGGCCUGAACCUUGGGGCUGGGGCCAGUUGGCCUGCCUAGGCGAUGCUCCCCCCACUGCCUGCUCCCCCUAAGCUCCAAGGGUGGCAGGAAUCACAGGGCCAGGGUUGUUGUCAGAGGAGCUGGAUCAGCGAAAUGGAAGCAGAGCAGGCAAAAUGACCCUAACCGGGAAGAAGUGGGACUGGCUCCCUUUGCCUGGAGGGAGCUGCUUGAAGCUGGGACUCCAUGGAUGGCGGAUUUUGCGCUGCUACUGUGGGCAGCUGGGAAGUGAGUUAAGCUGACAGGAAGAGGAAAAGCCCAUCCCGAUGAAAAGGCUCUAGAGGUCCCGACUGGCCCGCAUGGCCUGGGAGAAGCCGCUGCAGCUCACGGCCUCGGAGUAGCCGGGGGCUGUGGGGGCCAAGGCGGUCCGAACGCCAGCGUCCUUCUGCUCCCAAUGCUGGCGCUCCAGGAAUCCCCGCCCCUGCUGUGGCCACCGGGCAUCUGCCGGCAGGGCGUCCUGAGGUGGGCUCGGGCAGGCUGGCAUCCCACCGCUCCUUCCCCCCCGGCGGCGGCAGCAGCAGCAGCGGCGGAGGCCUGCGGGUCCCGAUGGAGAUGAGCAGCACCUUCCCCCAGGGAGUCGGCGUCGGUGCUUCCGUUGGACUAUGACAUCCUAUCGGCCGGUGCAUGAGAGCGGCGACGUAGCAGGGCCGGGCUUGAAAGGCGGGGAUUACUACUCCCCUGGGUUCUGGGCCCAGAAUGGCUGUGCCUCGCACACAGACGCCGCCCCGGCGGCCGGCCGGCCGGCCACAACCACCCCAGCCAUGCCGAAAAUGGGCGUGCGGGCCAGGAUUGCCGACUGGCCCCCCAAGAGAGAAGGGCUGAAGGACCCCGCCCUCCCCAGCAGCACUUCAAGAGACCUGGAGACCCCAGGCUUCGCGGCGCGGGGCUUCCAGAAUGGGCAGCUCCCGCGUGGGGCCGCCCCCUCCUCCUCCUCCUCCGGGAUCAGAGGCUUCCAGCGCCUGGCCCGGAGGCGGUCCAAGGACGCGGAGUUCCCGGAGGGCUGGCCCCGCUCUCCAGGCCGGGGGUUCCUGCCGCUCCGCCACAGGAGCAGCAGCGAGAUCACGCUCAGCGAGUGCGACUUGGAAGAGGCCCUGGAGCCCCGGGCAGCCAGGCUGGGGGGCAGCGGCCUGCCCCUCUUCCGCGAGUAUGGCAGCACCUCCUCCAUCGACGUGCAGGGCGUUUCGGAGCAGAGCUUCUACGACAUGCUGACGGAGUUCCGCAGCGGGCAGGCAGCCUCCCGGCGGCCAGAUUCUUCCGCCGCGGCCAGGAGCAGCCGGGCCGAAGGCCGGAGCGAGCAGCUGCUGCCCCCGCUGCCCGACGAGUUCCCCCUCCCGCCCAAGGACAAGGCCCGCAAGAAGGGGCCCAGGGCGGAGCUGGGCAGUGGGGACUCCAUCUUCCGGAAGCUGCGGGGCGGCCGGGGUGACGGCGAGGCCGGCCGGGCCCUGCCGGAGCCCGAGGAGGGCAAGAGCCAGGAAGGGGGCCGAGCCUGGCUGUGCCAGAAGAGCUUUGCCCACUACGACGUCCAGAGCAUGCUCUUUGACCUCAACGAGGUGGCGGCCCGGCGGGCCUACGUGGCGCAGCGGAGGAACACCGCCACCGGGGCCUCGGCGGCCUCGGCCGGUUCUGCCGCCGCCCCCCCCUCCCGGGCCGGUGGCGUGGGGGGCCCGGAGCCCCUCGCCUCCUUCAUCAGCACCGAGGACCUGAACUUCAAGGAGAACCUGGAGCCCGACCCCGGGGACCACAAGAGCAACGAGCUGCUGCUCAGCUGCCCGCACUUCCGCAACGAGAUUGGCGGCGCCCAGGAGCGCAGCGUGGGCUUCUUGCGGGCCUCCGCCGGCUCUCCUGGAGGGGGCAGCAAGGGGGCCUUUGCAGAGGCCUCUCCGGCCGCCUGCUGCACCAACGCCAGCGUCUCCGUGCUGGAGGUCCCCCAGGAGCUGCAGCGCAACGUGGGCCGGCUGAAGCACUACAGCAUCGAGCACGUGGACUUGGGGGCCCGCUACUACCAGGACUACUUCUGCGGCAAAGAGCACUCCAAUUACUUUGGGGUGGAUGAGAAGCUGGGGCCGGUGGCUGUAAGCAUCAGGCGCGAGAAGCUGGAGGACCACCAGGAGCAUGGGCCUCAGUACCAGUACAGGAUUAUCUUCCGCACCAGUGAGCUGACCACCCUCCGGGGCUCCAUCCUAGAAGAUGCCACGCCCACCACCACCAAACACGGCACCGUCCGUGGGCUCCCUCUCAAGGACGCCCUGGAGUACGUGGUCCCCGAGCUGAACACUCACUGCCUGCGUCUGGCCCUGAAUGUGCCCAAAGUGACCGAACAGCUGCGGAAACUGGACGAGCAGGGGCUCUGCCGGAAGCACAAGGUGGGCGUCUUGUACUGCAAAGCCAGCCAGAGCUCCGAGGAGGAGAUGUACAACAACGAGGAGGCCGGGCCGGCCUUGGAGGAGUUCCUGGCGCUGCUGGGGGAGAAGGUGUCCCUGCGGGGCUUCAGCAAGUACGCCGCCCAGCUGGACACCAAAACCGACUCCACGGGCACCCACUCCCUCUACACGACCUGCCAGGGCUAUGAGCUCAUGUUCCACGUGUCCACGAUGCUCCCGUACACGCCCAACAACCGGCAGCAGUUGCUCAGGAAGAGACACAUCGGGAAUGACAUCGUCACCAUCAUCUUCCAGGAGCCGGGGGCCCUGCCCUUCACCCCCCAGAACAUCCGCUCCCACUUCCAGCAUGUCUUUGUCAUUGUCCGCGCCCAGAAUCCCUGCACGGAGAACGUUUGCUACAGCGUGGCUGUGACCCGUUCCAAAGACGUCCCACCCUUUGGGCCGGCCAUCCCCAGCAGAGCCGUUUUCCGCAAAUCUGAUCUCUUCCGAGACUUCCUGCUGGCCAAGGUGAUCAAUGCUGAGAACGCAGCCCACAAGUCCGACAAGUUCCACACCAUGGCCACCCGCACGCGGCAGGAGUACUUGAAGGACCUAGCAGAAAACUGCGUCACCAGCACAACCAUCGAUUCCACGGGGAAGUUCAACCUGAUCUCACUGACCUCCAAGAAGAAGGAAAAGACCAAAGCCCGGAGCGGAGCGGAGCAGUACAGCACUGGGGCCAUCGCGUGGCGGAUUCUGGCCCAGGAUUACACCCAGGGAGCGGAGAUCGAGUGCAUCUUGGGCAUCUCCAAUGAAUUCGUGGUCCUCUUGGACCUGGCCACCAAGGAGGUGGUCUUCAACUGUUUUUGUGCGGAUGUCAUUGGCUGGACUCCAGACACAUUCACCAUCAAGAUAUUCUAUGGCCGAGGGGACCACAUUUUUGUCCGGGCCUUGGAGAGCAAUCCAGAUGGCAUCAAGGAGAUUGUGCAGCGGCUGAAGGUCAUGACGUCUGGCUGUGAGACGGUGGAAAUGACCCUCCGGAGGAACGGGCUGGGGCAGCUGGGCUUCCACGUGAAGUUUGAUGGGACGGUGGCAGAGGUGGAGGAUUACGGCUUUGCCUGGCAGGCAGGGCUGCGGCAGGGCAGCCGGCUGGUGGAGAUCUGCAAGGUGGCCGUGGUCACGCUCAGCCACGACCAGAUGAUCGACUGGCUGCGCACUUCUGUGACGGUGAAGGUGGUCAUUAUUCCUCCCCACGACGACGGCAUCCCUCGCAGGGGCUGGGCAGAGUCCUUCAGAAUGAGCACGGCGGAGCCCAGGGUGGAGCCCGAGAGCCUGCCGGUGGGCUAUCAGCCCCCCCACCGCGGAGCCUGGCCCUGGAGCGGCUCGUCGCAGGCGGGCCAGUGGGCAGAGCAGGCGGGCCACGGCCAGUCCCAGUCCCUCACCAGGACCCCCAAGCAGAGCGCCCUGGCUCCUUACCGAGAGUCCCAGCCCCCACAUGGCAAGAGGCCCGUGAGCUUCCCCGAGACCCCUCACGCCGCAGCAGCCGCCUCCCAGCCGGGAGCAGAGAGGGGCCCGUCCUCGUCCUACCGGCAGCCCUCGGGCAGCUUCUCCGUCCCCGGCUCCUCAGGAGCAGCCUACGCCCGCUACAAGCCAUCCCCAGAAAGCUCGGCCCACCGCUAUGCAGCCCCCCAGCGGCCUCUGGUGCCCUUCGACCCCCUCUACGGCCACGAGGUGACCUCCUCCAAUGGGGACUCUUCCUCGGGGGGACUGGCCAGUCAGGAGAGCACCAUGGAGCGGCCCAAGCCUGAGCCUCUCUGGCACGUGCCUGUGCAGCCCAGGAUGUCUGCCUCCGCAGGGAGCAGCGGGAGCAAGAGGCCAAGCAGGCAGGAGCUGGCCGGCAAGGACUCUCCCAACCGGCACUCCAAGGGCGAGGGGCUCUACUCCAGCAGCCACUCCAGCAGCAACACCUUGUCCAGCAACGCCUCCAGCAGCCACAGCGAGGAGUGCUGGUUCGACCCGGCUGACCCCGCCGAAGCCGACCCGGAUCCCCAGGCCAAGGGGGGCUCCAGUGACAGCGGCAUCGAGGCCGCCACCAGCGCCAAGGCCUCCCGGAGGGACAGGCUGCCCAAGGCCUCGCCCCCCUACGGCUCCACCCUGCAGGAGGGCAGCAAGAGGAGGGAGCUGCCUCUUGCCCUGGGCUCCGGCGGGCAGAGCCGGGGCUACCACCCCAAGGCCUUUGGGGCAGGGGCCGGCAUGCCCGCCAGGGGGGCCAGCGGCAGCCAUGACCCCUUCAAGCAGCCCAGCCACAGCAGCUCCCGGGCAACCUACCCGGCCCCAGUCUACAAGACGCCCGCAGCAGACACCCCCCGGGCCCCACACCUGCCUCAGUCCAGCUCCUUCCAGCUCUCCGCCUCGGUGCCCAAGUCCUUCUUCUCCAAGCAGAGCGGCCGGAACAAGCAGCUGCCCGCCGGCUGGAAGAGGAGUGAGGAGACGCCCGCCCGCCCGGCCACCUUCACGGACCCAAAGAAGCAGGUGGACCUGAGCGCCAAGAAUGUCUUUGGGCAGCCCCGGCUGCGGGCCUCCCUGCGCGAUCUCCGCUCCCCACGCAAGACCUACAAGUCCACCAUUGAGGAUGACCUGAAGAAGCUCAUCAUCAUGGACAGCACCCUGGUGGAGCCCGAGAGGGAUCUGGCCCUGCAGAAGCCGCUGCAGCGGACCUUGUCGGAUGAGAGCCUGUGCAGCGGCCGGCGGGACCCCACCUACGCCAGCGCCUACGGCUUCGAGCAGGCCCUGCCCAGCGACGUCCUCUUCACCAGCACCCUGCCUGUGCGGAAGCAGCACCUGUCCCCCAGCAGCGGGAGCCUCGCGGAGAAGAAGGCCACCAUCUCCGCCUCCGAGCUCUCCCUGAGCGACGUGCGGGACAAGCCCCUGCGGCGCCUUGACCCCGGCCUGAUGCCGCUGCCAGACACCGCCACCGGCCUGGAGUGGUCCAGCUUGGUCAGCGCAGCCAAGGCCUACGAAGAGGAGGAAGAGGAACCUCUGAAGGGCCCUGCUGGCUUGAGCGAGCCUCCCGCCUCCCACAGUGGCCUCCCGGAUACCUCUAGGAAGCCCACAAGCCAGCUGUGCAAGCAGCCACCUCUGCCCCUCUUGCUCCCCAGGAUCGGAGUGCAGAGAGCCGUCUCCCUCUUCUCCCUCAACGACUCGGUGCUGAGCCCUGACGCCGCCGCCGCCGCCGCCGCUUCCCCGCUGGCCCACAGCCCAGUCCUCGGGCACCUGAGCCUGGAGAGGCAGCCGACGCCCCACACCACACCCACCAUGAGCGAGGAGCCCUCUGUGGACCUGACAGGCAAAGUCUUCCAGCUGGAGGCCCUGCUCAAGCAGCUCCACAGUGACCUGCAGAAGGAGAAGCAGGACAAGGUGGUGCUGCAGGCAGAGGUGGCCCACCUGCGCCAGAACAACCAGCGGCUGCAGGAGGAGUCGCAGGCGGCCAACGAGCAGCUGCGCAAGUUUGCCGAGCUCUUCUCCAGCGCCGUGGAGAAGAAGGAGCUGUGAGCAGGCCAGGGAGGGGAGCUGCUGCUGCUGCUGCUGGGCCCGCCCCGCCCCUCCUCCGUGGACCUCACUCGCCGCCCCCCCCCAGCCGCAGGCCCCUCCAGCCAGCGGGGCCCAGGGCAGGGCCUGCGCAAAGAGGCCCCCACCCACCCACGGGCAGGAGAGCCAGCCAGGCUGGCGCAGCCCCCGGCCCUGCCGUGAGUGGCCACCAGGGGGGGCGCUGGCCCUCCUCAGGCUGGGCACCCGAGCCUCCAAGAGCACUUUCUCACAACUAAAUUAUUUUCUAGAGAAUGCCCGGUCGGGAGUGGCUCAGGAAGUUUAGAAAAGAAAUCUAAAUGUAAAUGUUCUUUAUAAAACACUAUAUUUGUAUAAA